AUGUCUACUUCUACCCUUUCUCCAUCUUUAACUGCCAUUCCUUUAUCUUUGAAGGAGUCUCUAGACAACACCAAAGUCGAAUACCGUCGACUCGGCACAAGUGGUCUCAAGAUAUCAGUCCCUAUAUUCGGGUGCAUGAGCUUUGGUGAUACUGAAGCGCAAUCAUGGGCUAUCGAUGAAGCAGAUGCUCUACCUCUCCUUAAAGCCGCCUACGAUAGGGGCUUAAAUACCUGGGACACAGCUAACGUCUACUCCCAAGGCGUCAGCGAGGUUAUCGUGGGGAAAGCUCUCAAGAAAUACAACAUCCCGCGAGAGAAGGUCAUCAUCGCGACCAAGUGCUUCUGGGCCGUGGGCGAAACUCCUGACGUCCGUCAUUACUACUGCGGAGAAGCCCUCCACGGCUCCAAGGACUACGUCAACCAGUUCGGGCUAUCCCGCGCUGCCAUCUUCAACGCCGUGAACGCCUCCCUGAAGCGCUUGGAUACCGACUACAUCGACCUGCUCCAGAUCCACCGCUUCGACCCCAACACGCCGAUCGAAGAGACCAUGAAGGCGCUCGACGACCUCGUCCGGUCGGGCAAGGUGCGGUAUAUCGGGGCCAGCUCGAUGUGGGCGGUUAACUUCGCGCGGAUGCAGUUCGUCGCGGAGAAGAACGGCUGGACCAAGUUCAUCUCGAUGCAGAACCACUACAACCUGCUGUACCGCGAGGAGGAGCGCGAGAUGAACCGCUUCUGCAACGACACCGGCGUCGGCCUGAUCCCCUGGGCGCCGCUGUGCCGCGGCCACCUCGCCCGUCCGCCCGCGGCCUUCGGCUCCACGGAGCGCAGCAGGCUCGAGAAGGAACACAUGCCGGGUUCGCACGGGACCGUCGAGCCCGAUCUGACCAUCAUCAAACGGGUCCAGGAGAUUGCCGACAAGCGGGGCUGGAAGAUGUCGCACGUAGCCCUUGCCUGGAUCAACAAGAGGGUCUCCAGCCCGAUCAUUGGGUUCUCGAGCAUAGCUCGGAUCGACGAGGCCCUUGGUGCGAGGGGCUAUGUUCUGACGGAUGAGGAGGAGAAGUACUUGGAGGAGCUGUACCAGCCGAAGCAGAUUGCUGGCCAUGCUUAA